GGGCGUACCUGCCGUAAUCACCGGAGCUGUGGUGGCUGGGGCGGUUGUUGCCGCUUCAGAUGUAGCUCAGGCUAAAGAAGCGUCUGCAAUCGUAGACUACGAUAAGGUUCGCGAGUCUAUCGAGACCAUCAUUGAGGAUGACCCCGAUAUGGGACCCACUCUGGUACGUUUGGCCUGGCACACAUCCGGCACCUGGGAUGAGAAGAAAUUGACUGGCGGUUCUAAUGGAGGUACGCAGCGAUUUGCGCCCGAGUCCGACUUUGGUGCAAACGCUGGGCUACACAUCGCCAGAAAUGCCCUAGAGCCUGUGAAGAAGGCCAACCCCGGUAUCUCUUAUGGAGACUUGUGGACCUUGGCAGGUAAGGUGGUUAUUGAGGAGACCGGUGGUCCUAAGAUUGAGUGGCACUCUGGCCGUGUUGACAAGGAAGAUGGAAGCUCAUGUCCUCCUGACGGUACCCUUCCCGAUGCUGAUAAGGGUUCUGAGCCUGCCACCAUUCAGCACGUGCGAGACAUCUUCUACCGCAUGGGUUUCAAUGAUCGUGAGAUUGUUGCCUUGCUGGGAGCACACGCCCUCGGUCGCUGCCACCCUGAAGCGUCUGGAUACUCUGGCCCAUGGACAUUCGCACCCACUACCUUUUCCAACUCAUACUACACCGAGCUAUUGAACACCAAGUGGACCCCCAAGAAGUGGGACGGUCCCUUUCAGUACGAGG